UUUAAUUUAAAUGAUAUUCAUUCAUUAUAUAAACGAUUCAUUGAAUUAUGUUCAAUAGAAAGUGAAUCAAUUAUAUGUUUUAUAUUAAAUUGUAUCAAUCAAUUAUUAAUACAACUGCUACGUGAUACAACUGGUGCUGCCACUGGUGAUUAUAAAUGGUAUCAUCAUGAUUUAAUUUGUUGUUUGUAUUAUAAUGCAUUGUCAUCAAUGCCUUACAAAACUAGACAAGCUGUUGCUCAACUUAUUGUUACACAUCCACAAUUAUACACUUCAACUUCAUUAAUACAAGAUUUGGAUUUAUGUUUGAUAUGGGUAACAAUUCAAUUGUUGGGUAAUGAUUUUGAAGAAAGUAUUCGACAUAAAAUAACAUGUAUUGCAACUGGUACAAAUGCAAGUGGUACUAAUUCAAAUUCAGUGAUGUUUGAAUCAAUUAGAGAUCAACUGUUUCAUAUGUCUUGUAAAAUAUUAUCAACUAGAUCUCUAGAUCUAUGUACAGUCUAUUUAUUAAGUUGGAUUACACGCUGUUCUUGUUCUGCCUCAUGUUCUACAUCAGCAGAUAUUCAUCAUGAACAUGAAACCGAUAAUGCUGAUAAUUAUGACAGUGACGAGAUGACAGUGUUUAACAAAGGUGAUAUGAAUCUAUAUAUGGAAGACAUUCAUCUAACGAAGCUAUCAAUUUCAACAUUGCAAAAUGUGAUUUUUAAACAACUGGUUGAUAAAACUCCAACACAAUACAUUCUUGAAUUAUUAACAAAUCAAGAAAUGAUUAGUUGGUUUCCAAAUGAAUCAAAAGCUGCUACGAUAACUUUACUGAACUUACUACUUAAAAAUGUAACAAGUAAACAACCAAAUGAAAAUCAGUUCAACGAAAUUUAUAAACGGGCUGAACAUGCGGAAAAUUCAUUAGCGCAUAAACUCAGGCGGGAAGAUGAAAUUUAUAAACGGGCUGAACAUGCGGAAAAUUCAUUAGCGCAUAAACUCAGGCGGGAAGAUGAAAUUUAUAAACGGGCUGAACAUGCGGAAAAUUCAUUAGCGCAUAAACUCAGGCGGGAAGAUGAAAUUUAUAAACGGGCUGAACAUGCGGAAAAUUCAUUAGCGCAUAAACUCAGGCGGAAAGAUGAAAUUUAUAAACGGGCUGAACAUGCGGAAAAUUCAUUAGCGCAUAAACUCAGGCGGGAAGAUGAAAUUUAUAAACGGGCUGAACAUGCGGAAAAUUCAUUAGCGCAUAAACUCAGGCGGGAAGAUGAAAUUUAUAAACGGGCUGAACAUGCGGAAAAUUCAUUAGCGCAUAAACUCAGGCGGAAAGAUGAAAUUUAUAAACGGGCUGAACAUGCGGAAAAUUCAUUAGCGCAUAAACUCAGGCGGGAAGAUGAAAUUUAUAAACGGGCUGAACAUGCGGAAAAUUCAUUAGCGCAUAAACUCAGGCGGGAAGAUGAAAUUUAUAAACGGGCUGAGAUACAUGAUUGCUUUUUGACAGGUGUUGAUUGGCAUAUUAAGUGGAAGUGA